AUGCCGAAAGCCAGUGAAGAGCGGCAUGGCCAUGACUCUUUGGAGAAGGUCCUGUCGGUCAUGGUCGAUCAAAUGCGAAUUCAGCAGGAGCAAAUGCAAAUGCAGGCGCAAGCUCUACAGGAGCAAAUGCAAGUACAUUUGCAACUUCAACAGGAGCAGCAGACGCAAUUGCAAGCUCAGCAGGAGCAGAUGAAGGAGCUGAUCAUCACCUUAGCCAGUAAGCAGGGAGCCGUCCAGGAUGCCAGCAAAGAUCAAUACGAUCAGCUGAGCAAGGAAGUGCAACGAUUUGUCUCGGACGAGGAGACAGGAAACACGUUUGCAUACUGGUACGGCAGGUAUGGACCUAUCAUUCGCGACGCCCAGCUGCCGGAUCACAAGAAGCGCGACUUAAUCCUCAUGAAGCAGGACGAAGAAGCCUACCGGAAGUAUGCGGAUGAGGUCUUACCUGCGCAACCGCACGACUUGGACUUCGACACCACCAUCGCGAAUCUUCAGAAGCUAUUCGCCUCUAAGAAGACCCUGAUUAGGAGGAGGAACGAGUGCCUGAGGAUAGCCUGUCCACCGCUUACACCAACGUGCGUACCAUUUCGCGAGUACGCUAACACCAUCAAGCGGAUGGACGAAGACGCUCGACUCAAGGAGCUGGAUUACACGGCGAUGAAGACGCUGCAAUUUGUAGCAGGCCUUCAAGAUCCCUCACUCAGGGAAGUUCGUCUUCGGAUGAUUCGUCGACUGGACGCUCACAGGGACGAAGCACCAUUAACAAUCGAGGACCUAGUCGCGGAAUGUGAGAAUUUCACUGCUUUGAAAAUGAAUAACACGGACAUGGAAGGCACGCGCGACAUUCAUGCAGUGUGGAAGAAAAAGGAGGUAACUUGUUUCACGUGCGGAGGACCGCAUUUCAGAAGAGACUGCCCACAAUCCGACAACACUGGUCGGAAGAAGCGGCGGAAGACAGGAGCGCAGUUUGGCCGCAGAAGACAGUGCAAACAUGUGGUCGCCUUCGACACCGAGAGCGCGCGGACCUACCUCGACGUCGUAGUUAGAGGAUGUAAUCUCAAACUUCAGCUGGACACAGGUGCAGAUAUAACGCUGAUAUCACGCAGAGCUUGGAAGAGGAUGGGAUCCCCGGCUCUGGAACCCUGUGUGAUGCCUGUGGAAACUGCAAGCGGGACGUCGAUGAAGAUAUAUGGUAAAUUCUCAACCGAUUUUUCCAUCAGAGAUCGAGUUACAGGGAAGAUGCUUCAUGGAAAUGGCACAUGCUACGUAACUGAAGGCUCGAAUCUACUAGGACUGGAAUGGUGCAUCCAGCUGCCGGCAUACAAAAAGCUGAAGGGCAACUUCUAUUGCAGAAAGGUGACUAGCGAAGAGAAAAUCCGAGCCGAAGUGGUCGCCGACUUGAAGAAGAAGUAUGGAGAAGUCUUCAACAGUGACCUAGGAAAGUGCACGAAGAGUAAGGGCAUCAACAGAGACAUCAAGGACUCAGCGCGCCGCUGUAGGGCAGGUCAAGAAGCAGCCAAGAUGCCAACGAAGACUGUACGGCAUUCAUGGAAAAUGGAACAGAAACCAUGGAAUAGACUUCAUAUUGACUAUGCAGGGCCGCUGAAUGGUAAGAUGUAUCUCGUCGUAGUUGACACUUACUCACAAUGGCCAGAAGUAUUUGAGAUGCCUUCAUCUUCAACUACAGCUAUCCUGAGAGAACUAAAAUCUCUAUUCGCUCGAUUUGGAGAUCUACAAGUGAUCGUGUCGGAUAAUGGGACGCAGUUUACAGCAAAGGAGUUCCAAAAUUUCUGUGAAGAGCGAGGAAUCAAGCAUAUGCGUUCACCUCCAUUCCAUCCACAAUCAAAUGGACAAGCGGAGAGGACAACGUUCGCCUGCCGAGCUGCUCUUAGGACGUCAGAUAAGGACACCACUGUCGCUGCUGAAUGA